GAAUUUUCUGUGUAGGUUGGAAUGCAGGCACACUGGGCUGAGGUUGGUUGACACACUGGUCCGAGGUUGGUUGAGAUACACAACUUCUAAGAAAUUCAAUUUGCUUUUCAAAGAGUAUGCAACGUCAUUUGAAUUUGGAUGUUUUGGUUGUGCUGACAAAAACAAAACUUGUUGUUCUCGUAAAAAAACUAGCGAAGAAUUAUAGAAUCGAGGACCACGGUGGCUACGAGAUCGCCUCGCCUGUUCUUGUCGCACCUCUCGAAUAGAUACCACAUCACAUUCAUUUGAAAAAUCAUAGCAGGCAGGCGCGAACGGACAAGUAGAAAAUGGAGGAAAGUGCUGCGCAGGAAAUUGUCGUCGAGGAGGAGGCGACGUACACCAAAGGCGAUAAUCCAUAUGCCAACGACCACCUAGAUGAUAACGAGGAGAAGUAUGUUGACGAGAUAGACAGGACACCAGACCAAGGGGACAUGGAUCAAACUGGUUGCAAGCCUGACUCACCAUGCGGGGAGGAGGAGGGACGAGGUCUUCACGAAGGCGCAGACGCGGAAUUACACGACCCGCAGAACUACGCCAGCGUCGACUUCGAAGAGCAUCAGCAUGUCGAGGAGGAGCAACAUCUUCGUGAAGAUGGUGCGAACGAGCAGAACGAGGACCACCACCACGAGGAUGAUCUUCAACAUGGUGAUCACGAGCACGAGGUGCUCGUUCACGAAGAGGGAGGCGAGGAGGGACCUUUUGACCAGGCGGGUCCCUUUGAAAAAGGCCCCUUUGACGCAGAUUCUCCUAAGAACGCGAACGAUCCUCAAUGCACAGAAGAUCAUGAUCAGGAUGGCGCCGGCCCGCACCAGACAACGAGUUCAACAUAUGGGGGCCCGAACGCGGGGAGCAGUGCUACUAGUGGGACCACUGCUGGGGAGCAGCAAGCUUCCUCCAGUAAGGCUGUCCCGGGAACAGCUAGUGGAGCGGCAAGUGGAGGCAAGGAGCAGUGGAAAGGGCGCGUAGGAAAAAGCUUCAUGGGCGAAGGCAAAGGGAAAUUUGCGCAUUCUGUUGCGAAUUUACACUCUCAAGGGUCCACGCCGAUGCUGAAGGGCGGCGGCGGCGGCCAGAAUUUUCAUACUGGCGGCGCUGGAAAGUACGGUGGCGGCGGUCCUGGAGGAAAGUACGGCGGCGGCCAAAACUAUGACCAGCAUUCGAAGGGCGGCUACCAUAAAAACAACAAGGGAAAAAUGGGAGAUGGCAAGAUGCAGGCAGGAGGUUACGUCGACAACAAUAAAGGUGGCUACAAUCACAAAGAUAGCGGGAGCUACAAUACCGGUGCGCCACCGCAGGGAAUGAACAAAGGCUACAACAACUCGAUUGCGGGAGGUGGUAAUCCAAAUAACAUCCCCCUCAACAGUGGAGGCGGCAAGAACAACAUGUACAGUGGCGAGCACCCGCCCGCGCCCGGCGGCGGUCCGCCGCCGUACCACCAACAACAAGGUGGCGCACCACCAGCCACAUAUGGCGGUGGCCCACAGGGACAGGAUGGCAUCAACGGCUACAUGGACGUUCCUCACCAUGACAAGCAGCAAAACUUUCACGACGGGAAAAAUAAAGGCGGAAAGUUUAAUCAAGGCAAAAGCGAUGGGUACGGCGGCAAGGACCACUACGGGAAAGGGCGGGACGGCUACGGCGGUAAGGGAAAGGGCGCACCGGCUGGAGUGCGGGUACUGUCAGCAGAAGAACUGGAAGACUUUUCUUUGCGCCGUCCUGAAGCCUACAAGAACUUCACAGACAACAACGUCUACAUGAGCAAUGGUAAAAAUAUUUUGUCAGUUUGUUUUGCUUUUGUCUCUUGAUAAUCAGCACGCUUGAUUAGGUCGUAUUCUAGUUUGUUUCCUCAGGGUAUGUUCGGGUCUUCUCCUCUUGCGGUGGCAAGAGCACGAAGAUGAAACCAUGACAGAUUCAUCUUGCAACCUCCUCUUCAUCCAAAAACGAAAAUCCUAAAUGUACUUUAUAUUCGCAGGUUUAUACGAGAUUUGCUUACGAAAAUGCUGCCCUGAAAAUUUUUUCACCGAUUUUCUGGACUGUUUCGAGUGCUGGUUGAAGAAAAGCCACGGCAUGAGCGGGCCUUAUCAUCUUAUGCAAACGGACCUCUUGAUAGAACCUCCCACUGGCCAAAUAAGCAUGCAGAAUUUUUUCGUAAUUAUUAUCUUGUAGCAACAGUAAGAUACACAUUUCUCUAAAAGCACUAGUUCAAAAGUAUACAUAUCGAAGGACAUGAGCUUACGCAGCCUCCCUUCCUGCUGCUAUUGAAGAAGGGUUCACCAUGAUGAUGAAUAGAAAGUAGUAAAACAUUAUUUUCGAUGAACGCCGAGAAUAUUUUUUGAUAAUUUUCUUGUGAAUUUAUGUGACUCCUCCCUUGUUCUUUCAGCUCCUCCCUACAUGUAGAUAGAAUAGCUUCAUACCUCUGCGUAAGUUGGAUUUGAGCGGAAACAAUCUGGGGAAUCACGCAUUGCGCACACUAUGCACCAAAUUGAAGCAACAUACGGUCCGCCUGGAUCUCUUGAACUUAAGCGGCAAUCUUUUCGACAGCAUGGAGGAUCUCGUGUCCUACCUUUGGCAGAUGGAGCGUCCACUCUUAGCGUUGGGUCUGAAGAUUAUGCAAACCAUCUACACACAUUUUAGUACGUAAGAUGCUGUAACUAAGAAUUUGCAUGAUAACUACCUCUAGCAGUGGAACAUACUCACUGUAAUCCAUCCAUCCAACAUCCAUCUAUCGGGAAUCACCUUCAGUAGCUUAACCGAUUGGUUACAACCAGGAUGUAGGGGAGCCUCAACCUCGCUUAUUUGACGACUAGAAUCAACGACAUAUUGAAACUUCACCGUUCAUUUUUGGCAACCGGCUUACGGCUGAAGAAGUCAAUGCUGUGCUUCGCUGCUGCUACAAUCACGAAAACUAUCCGAGCAAGAGUGAGGACGGGCGCUCAUGGGUGCCACUGCGUUUGGAGCUUUCGGGCAACCCAUGCUGUGGCGAUUCCUUGGCGGACUUGUUCACGCAGGUGUACCGACAAGGAAAAGCGCACAUCACCGCAGAGAAACUGCCAAUGAAGGAUCUCCCAGUGGAGGCGCAGCUCUUCUUGGCGGUGCACUGUCCGUCCGCGUGUACGUGGCGGCCUCCUCCAAAGCUGGAAGCGAGACGCCGCGGUGCGGAAUCCGAGCACAGCAAGCCAGAAAAGAGCAGUAAGAAUGCAGAUGCGCCGCGAGGAGGUGGACGGAAUCGGGCGGAAUCCGAGCGAGCAGAGCGAGGCGGGCGCGAAGACCGUCGCGAGCGCAGUGGUGCACCUGAUAGAGCCGCCGAUCACAAGGAGCGUCGGUCGGUAAGUACCCGUGGAGGACGACGGCACGAGGCCGAAGAUGAGAAUCAGGAAGUCUUUGAGGACGAGGAGGAGCAGCCAGAGGAAGAGGAGGACGAGCGCGCUGCGGUGGUCGACGAACAGGAAGAGGAGGAAAACAACGACGAGCAGGAUGAGGAGGCGGAGCGCUCAUCGGGAGAGCAAGAGCGAGUGCGAACGAAGCGAGAGCGCGCAAAGCGGCAGCGCGCGAGUGGAAGGGACCGCGAGGAUCGCACAACCUCUGGGCGGACUACCAAGCGCAGACGAUCAGGCCCCGCAGUCGUUGAGCGUGGCAGCGAUGAGGAAUCAGUUGAUCGAAUAGAGCGGAAAGUGGAUCGGCAAGAGAAGCGCAAGCGCAAUCGUAGCUGAUCCUCCAUCAUUUUUCACUACCGGCAUAAGCAUUGAUUCUUCUAACUAUAUAUCAUGCUUAGCUUGAACAUGUAAGGGCGAAGUAAGCAUCGCACGAUAAGUAGACACCUCAAGAAUUCUAGGCACAAACAUCGACAUCAUCGUUGAUUGCUGUAUGAUGAAAUAGCUCUUUUCACUUAGACUUGUACAUUGAGCUUGCGGAACAUGCUCAGACCCCUUCGGGCAGCAUUACUCGUGUCUCUCUAUACUGAUGUCAAUUAUGUGUACUACUGACCCUCUAAGACUGGCUUCGUAUCUUCACUGGCUCGUUGUACGACAAAGAAUGCUCCUGCUGUAAUCCUAAUAGUAGAUAGUGAUAAACUGUCUUGAAGGUCCUGAAGAAAAUUCUAUCACUCCAGAAUUUGUCUCUUGUUUGGUACUGUCAAUGAUAGUGUAGCACAUCUUUUCCUAGUUUGAUACAUGUAAUUUCGAAUUUAGAUGUUGCAUAUUCCCCAGAAUAACCCCUCAUCUAUACGUGCUUCGAAUCAUGACAUACCAGAACGCGUGUGCUAGCGGUUGAGUUGCCCCUCUCUCACAUGGUGUCACAAAUCCAUGCAGCGACUCUGCAUAGAUGAUCGGAAGAGGCAUCAGGAUGGAAAUCGUGUAUCGACGGAAUAACUGAGUACGCAUACAUAUUCUCUCCCACAUUGCGUGUGCGCGUACGUAGCCCGUGCUCGUGUCGACCCCCUUGUAUUCAAUGAUUCAAAAGAACUUUCUUG